AUGCAUGGCGGCCAGAUGUUGGUGGAAGACUCCGCUCGGAUGUCCUCAAUUCUUACCGCAUCGAAGACCGUAAAUGCCUCUCCAUGUUCAUGCUUUUUGUGUGGUUUGACCGAUCCUUUGAUAUGUGUCCUCUUGUAGUUCUUUCGAUGGAGUAACUUUGACUGCAGAAUUGGAUGUUCCUUUGAGUUAAAGAAGUUUAGAUUCUGUUCCGGUCUCUUUCGCCGUUCUCUUCUUCGCUCACGUUAGUUGGCAUUCCGUGAUUCCCUGACUUCUCUUAAACCCUUUCGCUUACAGUCUGGCGUUUAUCUAUGAUGUUCCAUUUUCUUAUUUUGUGUUUGCUUUCACCUAAAAGUUUGGGUUAAUCUCUCCUUUUUCGUUCAUGUGCGCUUUUUCUCUGGUACUCGUUAUUUUUAACUUCUUUAUUUUCUCUUAGAAUUUAUGUCCUUUGAACCUUUCCCGUCAAUUCCGUUUCUUCAUUUUUUUUCUUCUUUUACGUCCGGGGCUUAUAUUUUAAUUUUUCCCUUUUCUAUGUCUGGUUUACAUCUUUGUUUCAUCCUGGUAUACUUUUACUUACAGUUUCUAAAAUUAGCAUCUUUAUAUUGAUCAUAGCUCGUGCAUGCGAAUAAUUCCCAUUUUUCUUCGAUAUGACUUAUUACAGAUCCCGGUCCGUAGUUAAUAUUUCCAUUAUGAUGUAAAAGGUUUAAUGAAUCAAUUAAAUCAGCGAUCAUGAGUUUUUUUGGUUUCGGUUAAGUUUUCAUAAUUUUUCAUAAAGCAACAGUUCAUGAAUUAUUACGUGUUUCCUUGCAUGGUCUAAUCACCUGGCUGCAAUAAAAGUUCUAGUGCUAAUGUGAGAACUGAUGGAAAGGUCAUUGACCAAGUGCUUGGCAGCAAGUUUUGGUUGAACAAGUAUUAAUCUAAUGCUUCAUAAUGCAGGGUUCCUUCCCAUCGAUGACCAAAAUUGUUGGAACACUUGGUCCAAAGACGCGUACCAUUGAAGUUAUUGAGGCAUGCUUAAUAGGAGGAAUGUCAGGUAAGUUCUGUUUCUUGAAGUCGUUUUCAAUUUUCAAGUGCUUGCGCCCUCAUGAAACGGAUACGCCUAUUUUACCCUUUUCAGUGGCACGAUUUGAUUUUUCUUGGUUGGAUGUUGAGUACCAUCAAGAGACUGUUGAUAAUCUGAGGAAAGCUACGAAGAAUGUGAAAAAGCUGUGUGCAGUAAGUCAUGAAAAACCUCAUUUUGUCCCUUUUCUUAAUAUUGCUAUAAAUUAUAUUUUUUUUGAAUGUCAUAUUUUAUUUGGCGGUGGAUAGCUCUGCGACAUGAUUGAUGGGAGAUUUUUGAACAAUGUGGCCACAAAAUAAUUAAAAUUAUUUUUGUAUGAGUCUUCUUCUAUCAUACUGAUUUCCGCAGAUAGAGGAGAAUUCUGGUUUCUACGGUUUUCAUCUCUCUAGGCUCAUAAUAACAUCCCCUAAAAAUCAUUUAAAGAUCUUCAAUCGCUCCAAUUAUGUGAUUAUCCUAAUGCCACAGAACCGUAGUUCAUUUGGGCCGAAAGAUGUGAAAAGAAUUUUCCGUUAAUAUAAUGCACAAUUUCUAAUGGUACGCUUUCAAGUUACUAAGUUGAUUUUGACAUAUACGUUUCCGUGGCAAUAACGUAGGAAGAAUAGGGCUCUAGGUUUGCAUGGAAAUUCUACUGUGUCAGGUACAGAUUACAAGUUUUGCCCAUCCCCUCAACUGGCAAAUUCUUCUCAUCCCCUCAAACAUUGGCCACUAUGAAAUGGCUUCUAUUGUCGAUUUAUCUUCUAUCCUCAAGACAACUCAGUAUGUUCUGAUUUAAUCGAUGAAUAAUUGUUUUUACGGAUUUUCAUUUCAAACGGUAUGGGACAACGCAAUAAUCAUUACUGAUUCGAAGUGUUUUUCGUCAAGAUAUUUUUCCCUCUUUUUGGUGAUUUUAAAUAAAAAAGUUUGAGCAAAAAAAAAGAACUAAAUCUUGAGGUCUAUUUAUUUAUAUCAACGAUAUUCCUGGAUUUCCUUCCCUAAAAUAUGGAAGAUGCUGCUGAAUUAAGCAAUGAUUAUUAAGAAAAUUCAAGUUGGGUCGUACCAUUUUGUUUACUUUUCUGUCUCACAGCAGGCACGUGCAUGUGUAAUUUCUUCCUCGUAAUGUUGAAAGUUAAGACCAUAUGGUUGCCACGUUGUACGGGAAUGAUUAUAAUUUCUGACAGUGUUCUGAGACGGAACUGGAGCUUAUGUAGAUUACUUGUUACAGGAUAUUCCUGUUAACAAAAAUCACAUGCAUAACGUAGAAUAAAUUAUCCAUGUUUAUUUAUUUUGUCAUAUCUUGCUUAUAGAUGAUGAUAUACUCGAGUAUUUAUACAUUCUUCUGCCAGUGAAAUGUUCGAUACCAUAUAAGUCCACAAAACGUUAAUCCCCAGAGCAGAGAUGAGCGGGAACAUGUAACGAAAUGAACCUGGAAAUGGACACAAUAGGUUGUAUAGGGGAAGGUUAGAGAAUGAAGCUUUACUUGACGGAAAUAACCGACAGAAAACAGUUAAAAUGGUAUUCGCAGAAAUAAUAUUUUUCACUACGCCAGAUCACUCUUUGAUAGACGUUGGUCUCUAAUUUUUCAGUUUGAGGUAUGAUUUUGUAGCCUAUUAUCUCUACCCGUACCCCGAUAAGAAAUUGGUAUUUGGGAAUCUGUCUAUCCAACGCACAUCAACAGUUUUUAUAAAUCUGACGAAGUAAAAUUUGCAAGGUUUUUCUUGAAGGAAAAUUUUUUCGAGUAAAAAUUUAAAUAUGGUGCUCGAUAAAGCUUUGUAAAAACUCAGAUGAGAGGUAGUAAAUUCGAGGGAGUCAGAGAACUGUAACUCAGCGUCACCACCUAACCUCCGGCCCAGUUUACCAUGAAAUUUGUGCAAUUAAUGGAAAGGAAAAGGGUGGAGAGGCAGGCCCUUGUAAUCCAAGAUUUGGGAUACUGCGUCAAGAGAUAUCUGGAAUUUAACUAUUUACCAGAAAUAUCCCACACAAAGUAUAAUGUUAUAAUUGAACUCUUUAUUGCUUUUGCAGUUUAUUAAUUAUGGUUGCAGAACUUGCACCAUCCCACGUCGUUGAGGAGACUCUCUUUACCUGAAAAUGGAAAAGGAAAAACAUUAUUUUUUCUGCUGUCUGUUUCGACUUUUUCUUUUUCUAUUUCACCCGUACAUUUAAGAGGGCUGUGGAUUAAGAAAAGGCUAGUGGUUUGUGGUUAUCCCUACUUAGCAAAUUCAUUUGCAGGUAAAAGUUUUAUUGUAUCUCAAUUAAAUCCUUUUUUUUUUCUAAGUUUACUUUCUCGCUGGACCUCCCAAAUGUUUAAUUCUUAUGACACAUUUUAUUCAUUAUUGUUUUAGGUUAUGAUGGAUACUAUGGGUCCCGAGCUUCAAGUAUACAAUAAAAGUGGAAACCCGAUAGAAUUGAAAGCUGAUGAUUACGUUACUAUUACUCCAGAUACAUCUAAAGUUCCAUCCCAAGGGAUUUUACCUGUUAAUUACGCCGAACUUGCAAACGUAAGUUCAAGGUUACUUUCUAGUGAUUUUUAGGUCUUUCAUAAUUGUGCCCUCUGAGAGUCUUUGAUCAUUGCGUUUGAUGAUCUGAAACCGUUUUACCAGAUCAAGUUUUUGUUUAAUUUUAACACCAUAACUAAUGUUCCAAUGCCUUAAAGGCAUGAAUUAUGUGAAAUUUGUAACAUUUAGAACAUAAUGUGUAAUUUAUAUUUUCCUCCUGCAAGUAUAUAAACAAAAGGAAAAAAUUACGCUUGAUUAUUUUCUCUCCUCCCAUACACAGCUAUUCUGUGCUAUUUCUUUAUUCUGUAUUUUUUUAUUUUUUCGUUCUGGGUUUUAUUUUGUUUAAUACUGGAGUUAAUUGGAAUUCAUUAAAGCCAGAGCUACAGUAGACUCAGACGUCUUGUUCAGCGAUGAUUUGAACGCCCGAAUGCCACAAAUAUUUCAACGUGUUUGCUUUCUGGGGAUUGAAACUCUCCCGAAAUUGUCUGUGUAUGGCCGUAAAAGAUCAGUGUAGACUCUUCUCAGCCAUGCUUUACAUCGUGGCAUUCUGGAAAAAAAAUUAUUCUCUUCUCCAAUGCUUUCAAAGAACUCAAAUGAACUCGUGACUGAUUCCUUUGGUUUUUACUUUGAGUUAUUUUCAUGUUUAUAUCCACCAUAAUUAAUGUCUAGACAGGGAGAAUAUGAGUAUACAUACAACGGUAGUUUCUGUAAGAUUCAGAUGUGCGAACGGUUUUCAUAUUUACUCAAUUUUAUUUCGGUUGGAUCGUUGACUUUACACAGUAUCACCAUCAGUAUGCUUCGACAUGUUUUCUUCCUCUCACCUUGACUUGUGACGAGUUGAUCUCAUGGAGAAACUGGAUUUUCUCUCCAAAAUCAUGGCUCAUGGAGAAGUAAAUGAUAAUUGCAUCGCCAUAUCUAUGUCGAGUUAUUAAAUUUUUCCAUAUUAUUAGCAUAUGCAAUCUCGAGUAAUUAUUUAGCUCCCUCUUCUCGGCAUGAUGACAUUUUAUGCACGAGAAGAAGAACCACCUUAUGAGCCGUCAGACCUUUUUAUUUCAAUCACCAAUGAUAACUUGUUGUUCUUGUAGACGGUUAAAAAGGGUGAUACCAUUUUCCUCGGACAGUAUCUCUUCACAGGAAGUGAGACAACUUCGGUCUGGCUUGAGGUGAAGAUAUUAUUAUUAUUAUUAUUAUUAUUAUUUUCUUCAAUGGAUGAAAAAUGUGGUUAAUUUAUGAUGAUUUUUUUAUAAACUCAUUUACGUAAUCAGGUAACUGAAACCCGUGGCCAAGAUGUCAUCUGCCUAGUGAAAAAUAGUGCAACACUUGCGGGCUUUAUUUUUACCAUGCAUGCAGCUCAAGUCCGCAUCAAUCUCCCAACAUUGACUGACAUGGAUAAACAGGUAAUCUAUAUUCCUUCGGAAUCAAGGACCCUUGUCUGUUCAUUCAAUCUGGUCGCAUGAAUAAUGCAACAUAAGUGAGACGAUACAGGUCAAAUUAUGGUUCCGUGUUUAUUUCUUUCUGGAUGUAUCUAGUAGAUUCUUUGCAUUAUUAGCUAAUGCGGGAAUAGCUUUGUCGCUGUAAUCUUGGAUCUCAUCUGAGGAAUAUCCCUUCUAUGCUUCUUUUGCAGAUCUCCUGUUUUCAGUUUCACCAUGAAGAACGAUACUUUUCUUUAUACCUGCUUAGAGAUGAACGUAAACCUUCAAUAAUUGAUCAACUUAAUAGAUUAUUUUUCCUUUUUAAGAUAUUUAACUAAAAAUAUAUUUUCUUAUCCAUCAAUGCAAGAUAAUUAUAUAAAGUUUUCUUUAAUUAUGCGUGCUUUCUCUGUACUCGACCAUAGCGAAGGGAUAUUUUUUCAGAAUAUAUGAUGCUUUGAUGAACUCCGGUUUCUUGCAUAUCAUAACAAGUUCACAUUUCGUUUAUGUGUAACCAAUUAGGCUAUCUCUUCUUGGGGUUGUCGCAACAACAUCGACAUCAUUUCACUCUCUUACACACGCCAGGCUGAGGAUGUACGGGAGGUGAGUUCAUAUUUUCAGUAAUGAUCGAUUCAUCGGAUCUAAAAGGGAUGAGAAAAAUGAAAAUAUGAAAGAUUUCCUUGUUUUUCUAUCGUCUUUCAUGGAAUGUACUGCGUGAACGACCUCUGCAAAAAUAAUUACUCCGGUAUAUCUCUUAUAUGCGGACAAAAAAAAAAUUAACAGUGAGAGAUUAUAACAUAAUCUCUGAGUAGGUACGACGAUUUCCACUUCCAUUUUAUUCAUUAUUUCUUGCAACUAUUCCCGAGGGUGGACAUGAAGAAUAAGCGAUGAUAGGUUGACCGAACUAAUUCUGUUGGUCAGCAAGAAAAAAAAAAAACCUUCUCAGGGAAACACUCCGAUUAUAUAUUUCUUAAUAGAAACACCUGCUUUACACAUUCAGAUUGUGGGGAAAAAAAAAAACCUGUCAAGCAGAGAGAACCCUUUUUUUUUUUUUUUUACUGUGAUGAUAUCUUUGUAGUUGAGAUAUAUAGAAAUAAAUAGCAUUAUGGUAGAAACCCUUUUCGUUAUUAGGAUGUUAUAUUUUGAUGUAUGAAUUCUAGGGACUUUAUAUGCCUUUCUCGUAUAAAAUGGCAUAUUCAAAUUCUUCAUGAUAACUUUCAUCUGUGCUUCACACGAUUAAAAUUGCACCAAAAUUUUAGAUUAUGCUCAAAUGAAUGCGUUAAUCGUAGGGUAUUUGUUUCUUUCCGUGGAAUCUGAUGCGUGAAUUUUUCGAUGCAGCUCAGAGCUUUUCUUGCAGCUCAUAACCUUCCCGAUACUCAAAUAUUUGCCAAAAUUGAAAACGUAGAGGUGAGUAAACAAUUUCUAAUAAUACUAUUUUUAACUGCUGAUUUCUUCUAUCCUUUUAGAGACGGGACAAGGCAUGCUGUUCAUGCCCUUGAAUCCGAGCUCGCUAUUUUUUUCACUUCAAUAUAUUUCGGUCUUUGAUAUUUUCAUUGGUAUCAGCAAACUUAUUACUUCAUUUCCACCGCAGGGUUUAAGGCAUUUUGAUGAGAUUCUCAGAGAGGCAGAUGGUAUCAUACUUUCUCGAGGAAAUUUAGGCAUAGAUCUCCCUCCAGAAAAGGUUUGCUCUAUACUUUAGAGCCUGAACUCUUUAAACUUUUAAGUUUUACUUUUUUCCGACCAUUUAAUCAGAAUCAUUAGUAUCAUAAUCCCAACAUUGAUAACCACUUACUAUUGCUAUUAUUCCCACUGAUUCAGUUGAAGAAUAAUUGAAUUGGGCAGAAGUUUCAUAAGAUACGAAGAUCUCAACGAGUUGACUUCACGUCUUUGUUACUAUCUUGCUGGUUUGUACAGGCUGUAUUAGUAUAUACUAAUCUGGGAGACGAAUUUUAGGAAGUAACUGUUCUACUUUGAGAAAACUUAUUUUUAUCCAAAAUGGGAGUAGUUUCCUGUUUUAUUUUUUUUACGAAGUCAACGGGCAUUUUUCCUAGAGCACUCUGUUGUUGAAUUCCUUUUUUUGCGUCAGAAGAACUAAAAACGGAAAAACAAAGGUGUCUCCGGAAGGAACAAGAGAGGUCAACCACCAUCCGUGAUCGGUUUUCGUUUGAUAUCUUUCGGUUUGGUAUAGAGUAAAUACGGUCGGUCAACUACUAGCCGUCACAUGACCCUUGGCAGUAAAAAGAAGCUCAUACAUGACAUGAAUAUAGCCACUGAGUUGCGCAAUUUGAUCUUAGCCGUUUUAACUCGUCUUUUUGGUGGGUCAACACGGCUUUACCCGUUACCCCCCGUUUCAUGGGGGGUAGUAGGGGGGCUAACUAUUUCCAUGGGUCAAACCAUUUUCAGUAAACCAGGCAUGGUUUUCUAUCACAAUCAUCUUCACAUGCACAUUGCAGGUGUUCUUGUUCCAGAAAUCUGCCGUUUACAUGUGCAACAUGACCGGGAAGCCCGCCAUAGUUACCCGAGUGGUGGACAGUAUGACCGACAACCUUCGCCCCACCCGCGCAGAGGCCACCGACGUGGCAAAUGCCGUGCUCGAUGGUACAUAACCCGUGCUUCCUAGCCCUUCCAUCUACUAAAGUUUCAGAAUUAUUUCAACUAAGUCCUGCUCUCUCUCUGCUUCCAGGCACCGAUGGGAUCUUGCUAGGGGCAGAGACGCUCAGGGGUCUGUACCCUGUAGAAGCAAUAAAAACAGUUGGAAGAAUAUGCUUCGAAGUAUGAACAUAAGAAGAAAAUAAAUUUAUAUAUAUAUAUAUAUAUAUUUGGAGAUCUCUCGGUCACUGAAGGCGCUCUGUUUCUGCAGGCGGAGUCUGUCUACAACCAGCCGAUUCAUUUCAAAGCCAUAGUGAAGCAUGUCGGAGACCCAAUGUCGAAUGAGGAAUCCGUCGCUUCUUCUGCGGUGAGCCUCUGCUCCAUCUCGUCGCUUCAGCUCCCGUUUGUUAUAAAUUGUCCACGUACCCACCCUCCCUUGGUCAAAAGGUACGCUCGGCGAUGAAAGUCAAGGCAUCGGUCAUCGUGGUGUUCACCUCCUCCGGCAGAGCUGCGAGGUGGGUCCCACCAUUUUAUUUCCUCUGAUUUUCUUAAAGACCGUCGUAUAAUAUUUUUGUGCUUGCAGGAUGAUUGCCAAAUAUAGGCCUCCGAUGCCCGUACUGGCCGUCGUCAUCCCAAAGCUCAAGACGGAUUCUCUGAAAUGGAUAUUCUCGGGAGCGCAACAGGUACGAACCAGAGUUUAGAGCCGUUGACCAGCGCAUGGAUUCUAAAGACACGUGGCGUUUCUUGCAGGCUAGGCAGUGCCUUGUGGUCAGAGGACUUUAUCCUAUUCUGGCUGACCUUAACGCGGUAAUUUUCCGAGAUAAGCAUUAUAGUUAGAAAAAUCUAUUUAUCUGAUAAAUUGCGCCGUUGCUGUAAAUGACCCACAGUUGAUCGAUUCUCAUUGAUCCGCCGCAUGUUUCCCUGCAGGCGAGCUCGGCCAACACGGGCGAAGACUCCGCCCUGGAGCAAGUGCUGACCCAUGCCAAGUCCGUGGGCUUGGUCAGCUCCUGCGACCGGGCCGUGGUCUUCCAGAAGAUCGGGGACUCUUGGGUCGUCAAGAUCGUCGAGGUCCCUUGA